GCCCACGUAAAUAUCACACUUUAUAACACGUCAGUUUAAAUAUAACAAAUAUUAUGUAGUAAACAUAAAUUAUCACAAUCAAAAAUCAUUUUAAAAUGUUCGGUCACUUUAUUACGCUAAUAAUCUUGGUGUGCCUCGUGAAUAUAGUCAAGGGAAAUGUGAUCGUGGAAACUAAAAGCGGCAAAGUAGCCGGUAAAGAAGUAAAGUCGAUCCUGCCCAGUGAGAAAUAUGUCUCAUUUUUGGGUAUACCAUUUGCAGAACCACCAGUUGGUGCGCUGAGAUUCCAGCCUCCCGUACCGCAUGCUAGUUGGAGCCAUGUGCUAGAAACUAAGAAAGAAAGAAAGCCAUGCGCGCAGUACUUCUUACCAUCACGCCCCAUAAAAGAGUAUGGCUUUUGUGGAGAUGAAGACUGUCUAUACUUGAGCAUUCACACGCCAAAACUUCCAAUUGAUGAAAAGUUAAAUCUUCCUGUAAUCGUUUUCUUUCAAAAUGAAAACUAUAAAAUGUCAUUUAAUGGCUCAAAAGAUUAUGGUCCUGAUUUCUUCAUGAAGGAAAAUGUAAUUAUAGUAAUGUUAAAUCAUCGACUCGGAGCGUUUGGUUUCUUAGCAUUCAACGAUACAAUAUUACCUGGAAACAAUGGUAUCAGAGACGUAAUUUUAGCUUUAAAGUGGUUACAAGAAAAUAUCGAAUAUUUUGGAGGAGAUCCAAAAAAAGUUACAUUAAUGGGUAAUCUGGGUGGAGCGAAUAUCGCGGACAUUUUACUUCGAUCUCCCAAAGCUAAGGGAUUAUUUAAUGCUGUUAUAAUGCAAAGUAGUACGUCCUGGAGCCCUCUAUCAUUUGGAAAAGAUCCUCAUGAAAAAGCAAUUUCUUUAACAGAAAACCUGGAAGACAAAGCCACCAAUAGUAAGGCCAUAAUUGAAAGACUGUCUGAUGUACCAGCAGAGAAAAUUGCUUCAUCUGAAUUAUACUGCAUGCAUCCGGAUGAGGCAAGAGAACACCAAAGAGGUGUACUUCCGUUUGCACCGGUCAUUGAACCUGACCAUCCCGAUGCAAUAAUCACCAAGUUUCCUGAAGAAAAUAAUGAAGCCAUCGAUAUCCCUAUUAUGAUCGGUUUCAAUUCUCGAGAAUCAAUAGAAACUUCAGGACGUUUUCUGGAAAAACCACACCUGCUAACCUAUGCAGAUAAAGAUUUUAUUUUUCUCUUUCCUACUCGAUCUGGGUAUCGCUUUCAAAUUCACGAUAAAAUAUAUUACGAUGCAUUAGAAGAAAUAAAAAAGAAAUACUUUGAUGAAGGACAUGUGAAAAUAGGCAAACCUAGAGAAUAUUUAACCUAUGUAAAUGACCUAUUUACGUUUUACCCUAUAGAUUACACAGCACGUUCUUACGUUAACAUAUCCAAUGCUCCAAUAUAUUACUACAUGUUCGAUUUUAGCGGAGAAUUGAAUUAUAGAAAGAAAUUAACGUUAAGUGGAUCAGUGACUCUUGAUGGUACUUGGGGAGCUACUGUAGGCGAUGAAUUAUGUCAUUUAUUUGUUUGUAAUCAAAUCAGAAAGACAUAUAAAAAGUUACUGGCUGAUGACGACUCGGAGGAGAUAAAAGUAUUGCAACGAAUGGUCAAUUUAUAUGCCAACUUUGCUAGGAGUGGAAAUCCAACACCAGACGGUGACUUUACAUGGAAACCAGUAACGAAAGAUAGUAAAGAUAUUUUAGUAAUAAGCGAUGAAUUGAAGAUGAUCAGCAACCUCUACCAAGAUAGAGUUAAUUUUUGGGAUAAUUUCAUUGCAAAAUACAAAGCCCUGGCUGUUGACGGUGUUGUUAAAGAUAAUGUUAAGGAUGAAUUAUAAAUUUAGUUUUU